AUGAGUCAACACGAAACAACGAGUACUGAGAUGUCAAGGGAGCAGAGUGGAAAGAAGGACGAUGACAAGUACGGGGAGCUGGGAAAGAAGCAGGCAGAUGAGCCAAAGGCAGAGCACAACGAUGAUGCAAUCUACUUUCUGAGUUUGAGUCCAAUGGAACAGGAUAAGCUUAUUGCUAGACUUCAUGCGCAGAUAGUAGAACAAAAUGUGCUACUGAACAACCAGUGCUGCUUGUUCUGCCGCUGGGUCUGCUCCUCGUUCCUUCCAAAUGCAUCUGCGCCUGCUCCAACAGCCCUAUCCGACAACCUGGAACUCAUCGACGAGAACUUUGCCGAAAGCGAGGACCAGGAGCCAGAUCGUCUCUUUUGGGAAGGAGGCAACUCGGACAAAAUACGCGAAUAUUUGGACAAAAUAAAGAGAAACGAGAAAGUCACCAACAAGGACACCGAUGUCUACUCCCUUGCAAUUGCGUGUAAGCAAUACAUGGAGAAUGACGUCAUCUUCAUUGAUAGUGGAUUGUACCAGAAAAUUGUGGAUGCGUACAAAGGUGAUCCAGCUGAUGCUGCAUUUGCAAUCAAGCGCCUGCCAUUUCUGCUCUAUCAGAGGAGUCUGGUCAAAUACAUCCUGGAUAUAGCACAUAAGGAGGAUCAGACCGAGUUCUACGAAGACUGGGGACUGGUGCUCUUCAAGGACGACGAGAACAGGGAGAUCAAUGGGAAGAUUGUGGAGGAUCUCACGACGGCUGAAUUUGAUGUCGUGGAUCCCUGCUUCUAUGAAAAAUAG